UCGUAGGCACUCGAGAGUAACACGUGCGUCGCCUGCUCUACUGUUGUUAUUGUCGUGUCGUCUUCGUCGUUGCAUGCGAAAGCUGUGCGGGAAAUACUCUGCGCUCAGCCAAUCUCGUUAGAAAACACUUCUGCAUAGUGUCCUAGCUUAGGGGUGAAUAUUGAGGAGUUCAAGAAACACUUUAGUGAGAGAGGAAAUAUCACAGAUGCAAAGCUUGUCCACAAGGAUGGUACAUUCAGAAGAUUUGGUUUCAUUGGGUAUGAAAAUGGAGAUGCAGCUACUGAAGCUUGCAACUUCUUUAAUGGUACCUACUACAAGCAAUACAAGAUUAUUGUGGAAGUCUGUGAAGCUUUUGUGAGGAGGAAGGGGAGACCAAGGAGAAACUCGCCAACAAGAAUCUUUCAGACUUAGAUUACCUCAACAGUCUGAAGUCUAGAGGGAGUGCAGUCAAAGGAGCUGAUAAAAAGAAAGUUAUAAAGGAAAAGGAGAAACUGUACACUGUCAUCAUCAGAACAAAAAAUAUGUGCAAGACUGGGAAACGGACAUUUACGAAACAGAACAUAAAGGCCUUUCUCAAACCUGUCAAGUUUAAAAGUCUUCGGAUUCCACGAAGCUGCAGGCUGGUUGCUUAUGUUGGAUUUAAGACAGAAAAACAGAUGAAUCAAGCAUUGCAAAAGGAUAAAAGUUUUAUUGAUGGUGCCAGAGUGCAAGUGGUGAAAUGUGAAGAAGUUGAGGAUGACACCAAUAAAGAACACACUGAUCUGCCAUGGUACACGGCCCAGGAGAAGUUAAAGAAUGCUGAACCUGUGACAGACACCGGCAGUCUUUUCAUCCGCAACCUAUGGUACUCUGUCACGGAAGAAGACUUGCGAGAACUGCUUGAAAAAUAUGGCCAAAUAACAGAUCUCAAUCUCCCUAUUUGCAAGUACAGACGGAGAGCUAAGGGUUUUGCGCAGGUCACCUAUAUGUUUCCAGAGCAUGCAGUCAAGGCCAUGACAGAGCUUGAUGGAACUACCUUUAAGGGGAGAAUAUUACAUAUCCUUCCUGCAAUAGUCAAAGAAGAAGAGGAAGCUGCAGCAGAGGGAUCGAGUUUCAAGGAAAAGCAGCAGAAGGAAAAGAAGGCGACUGCUGGGGCUGGUCAUAACUGGAACACUCUUUUCAUUGGCAGUGGUGCUGUUGUGGACCUCAUGUCAGAGAAAUACAAUAGGUCCAAACAGGAGAUUUUGAACUCAGAAGGAAAGCAAAGUGUAGCGGUUAAUCUAGCACUUGGAGAAACACAGAUAGUGGAUGAAACCAAAAGAUUUCUUGAGGAUAGUGGUAUCUCACUUGAUGCUUUCACAACGUCCAAUAUCAAGAGAUCAAACACAGUCAUCCUUGUGAAGAAUCUUCCUGCAAAGACCACUGCCCAGGAACUGUCACAGUUAUUCUGUAGAUAUGGAGAGCUAGGAAGGGUUGUGCUACCUCCAGCAGGUGUUACAGGUGUUGUAGAAUACUUAGAUCCAAGUGAAGCAAGGAAGGGCUUCAAGAACCUUGCCUACUCCAAGUUCAAAUACUUGCCACUGUAUUUGGAAUGGGCACCCCUGAAUGUGUUCAAGUCAGAAUUCAGUGGGAUAUCCAUUAAGCCUGGCAGUAAAGACACAACUUCCACAGAGAGAGACAGUGAAGAUACAGAGGGGAAGAGCCAUGCUCAACCUGAAGCUCAUCCUGAACCAGACACAACCAUAUUUGUCAAGAAUCUAGAUUUUGGUACAAAUGAAGAUGUCUUGAAACAGUACUUUGAGAAGAUUGGUCAAGUGCACUCUGUAGUGAUUGCCAAGCGAAAUGGACUCUCUCAAGGCUAUGGGUUUGUGCAGUUCAUGAAGAGAUCAGAUGCACAGAAAUCCAUCAGAAAUAUGCAGAACUCUGUACUAGAAGGUCACACCAUAGAGAUCAAAUUAUCGGAGAAAACAUUAGCUGUGAUGCCCAAGAGCAGCCGCAUGAUUCAGAAAGCAGGGGAGCAAACAUCAUCAAAGAUUCUGGUCAAAAACAUUCCCUUCCAGGCCACUCAGAAGGAAGUGCGACAACUCUUUGCCACUUUUGGUGAGCUUAAAUUUGUGCGUCUGCCAAACAAGAUGAACAGCCAGGAACAUCGAGGAUUUGGCUUUGUGGAGUUCGUCACUAGAGAAGAUGCCAAGAAAGCAUUUGAGGCUCUGAGGCUAAGUACCCAUUUGUACGAUAGACGUUUGGUACUGGAAUGGGCCAAAGAUGACGAGUCUGUGGAGGAACUCAGGAAAAGAACAGCAGAAAAGUUCUUGGCUUCAGGACCAGCAAGGAAGAAGACAAAAGUGGUGAUGGAUCCGGCAGCAGCACAUGAAAACUCUGAUGAAGAUUAGGCAUUUAUAACAAUGAAAUCUGUCAGAAAUGACAGGAGAUGUAUCCAAAUUGUAUAUUAUUUAUAGAAUAAAUAUAUGCAGUCAUCA